UUUUUUUAUAGGAAAAACUAGUGCGUGCGUGUUUUUAUAGUAAUUGUUAAUAGUUAACAAAACUUUGGCUUCGCCAUGUCUAUGUCAAAGACGACCAAUACGUACAACAGACAAAAUUGGGAAGAUGCCGAGUUCCCCAUUCUCUGCCAGACCUGCCUGGGUGACAAUCCAUACGUGCGUAUGAUAAAGGAGCGCUUUGGCAAGGAAUGCAAAAUCUGCACGCGUCCAUUCACUAUAUUUCGUUGGUGUCCCGGCGCAAGAAUGCGCUUCAAAAAGACUGAGGUUUGUCAGACGUGUGCGCGUAUCAAAAACGUGUGUCAAACAUGCCUGCUGGAUCUGGAGUACGGACUUCCUAUACAAGUACGUGACGCAGCGCUGAAAGUGGCUGACAAUCUGCCGCAGAGUGACGUGAACAAGGAGUACUACAUACAAAAUAUAGAUGCACAGCUGCAGGAUGGCGAUGGCACUGAAGCUGCUGGUGCUGUUGGACGCUCACUGGCGGCCAACGAUAUGCUGACUAAACUGGCGCGUACAGCUCCGUACUACAAGCGCAACAGACCGCACAUCUGUUCGUUCUGGGUGAAGGGUGAGUGCAAACGUGGCGAGGAGUGUCCCUAUCGGCAUGACAAGCCCAACGAGCCCGAUGAUCCACUGUGCGAGCAAAACAUUAAGGAUCGUUACUAUGGCCGAAAUGAUCCAGUGGCUGAGAAAAUAAUGAAGCGUGCUGCCUCAUUACCUGUACUGGAGCCGCCCGAGGAUCGCAACAUUACUACGCUCUACGUGGGUAAUUUACCCGAGGAGAUUACCGAACCAGAGCUGCGUGAUCAAUUCUAUCAAUAUGGCGAAAUACGUUCCAUUGCACUUGUGCCGCGCCAAACGUGUGCCUUUGUGCAAUACACAAAACGCAGUGCUGCUGAACUUGCCGCCGAGCGCACCUUCAACAAGCUGGUACUGCACGGACGCAAGAGCAGCAUUAAAUGGGCGCAUUCGCAGGCCAAACAAGGUGCAGCCGUCAAAACGGAUCGUCGCUUUGAUGUGGCUGGUAUACCGCCACCUAGCGCUAAGCCAAAUGAUUACUUUAAUCUGCGUCAGGAGCAAAUCAAUGUAAUGCCAGCAGGAAUGAAGCUGCAUCAGCUGCCCGCUAACUUGGUGCCAGCUUCGGCGUACCAAAUGUACUCUCAGCCAAGCUAUGCAGCGCCCUACAGCGGACUGGAUGGUGCUGCAGAUGGUGAAGGCGCAGCAUCGACAAGUACCUCAGGUGGAAAUAUCGAUGUCAUUCCACCACCACCUGGUCAAAUGGCUUAUCCAAGUCAGGAUGCCAGCCGCAUGGGUGCACUGAAGAAAUAGCAUAAGAGUAAAAUAAAAUUAAAAAUAAAUCAAGUAUAAUUAAAACCAAUCAAUUAAAAUGAAUCAGGAAGA